AUGUCCAAAGGAAAAUUUUCUUUUGCAGAGAAAACCAACGUGACCUCCAGAACCAUUGAGUUGGUACGCUGUGAACAGCGUUUAUUGGACGCCUGCCAAGGAGAGGACACCUCCAUGCCAUGCUUUCUUGUUCACUCAUUUGAAGAGGUAAUUCAUAACUACAACAAAACCCCAUUUACACACACUAAAAAAAUCGGCACGGCAUGCCAAAUUUUUGGCAGUGUGCCUCAUUUACCCGUGCCGAGACAACCUCCAGGAGGUAGUCUCGGCACCCCUAAAUUUUUGAGCACUGUUGCCACAUUACAUUUGAGACCGAUACGUUUACACGUCAAAAAUUGGGAGUGCUGUGCCUUAAAAAUCAUCAGCACCGUGCCAAAAAUUUGGCGUGCCGUGCCGAUUUUUUUAGUGUGUGUAAAUUGGGUUCAAGAUAUAGGUGGAGCAUGUUUUAGCCUUGAAGCAAGUUAUGAAUCCAAGCUUUACGUGAUAAAAAUUCCAAACAGUAAUGUUGUGGAUGCUCAGGCCUGCAUUGCUGAACUCACUGAGUUAGAAAGCAUGACAGAAGACCAGGCGAAGAGUUUAAUGAACUCCUGCCUCCCCAAGACCUGUAUUUGAGACCCUCUUCCAGCAUCAAUACUGGAAGAGUGCAUGGACAUGAGAUGAUCAACAUAUCAAUUGGAAACUGCUAAUGUGCCGGUGCAACUUAAGGAAGCUAUGAUAAGGCCUAAGCUAAAGAAAGAGUCCCUUGACCAUGAAGUGUAUUCCAAUUUUAUACCCAUCUCUAACUUAAAAUUAUGUUAUGUCCAAGAUGAUAGAGAUCACAGAUGACGUCAAAAUAUGGUAAAACAAAGAAGUGUACACGAGCCGCAGAUGAUGUACAGACCCAGAGCAACCACGAAUCUAUUUGUUUUAUAUACUGUACACAUACCUGCCUCGUACCGCUUCACUGUUCGAAUUUGUGCUGGUUUAGGCCCAAUCGCUACUUUUCGUCUCUGUUUCCUCUUUUUUCUUUAUCUUACUUGUAAGCUUAUACGGUUUUUUCGGAAAUUUUUGGAACGUCUUUUAUUGCUCAAAGCAGAAUAAUGGGAACAGCGAGUCUCUCGUAGCGACGACACACGAUGGCAACUGUUGUGAAGAUUUCUUGUAGUUUAGAGAUUCUCAAGUUGUCAUGAGCUCUUUCUGUCUCCGUUUCUCCAUUUUUCUUCUUUGUAAAUAGCUCCCGCUGGACUUUUUUUUCGAGGCAUUAAUCCGACAAAACCGCGCGCCACGUUGAAAUUACCAUGUACCCGUACUCUAAUAGAUCAUACGCAACGACCAAUCACAGCCCGUAGCAUCGCAUCAUAAUUAUCGCGCAUAUAUUAUAGCGCGAUUAAGUUUUUUAUGUCAUACCAAGAUUAAGCAAAUCACUCGUGACAGUUUCCACUCUAUACUGCCCGAGAGCAACACCUAACUGGUAUAGAGCGGUUUUCACUUGACUGUGGAAAGGGAUUGGUUUUGGUUUUGGUUUUGGUUUUACUACGCCCUUUGGUUGGCUAGUGUAUUUACUUUGGUUUUGGUUUUACGACAGUCAAGUGAAAACCGCUCUAUGUAUUUUACCAUACUUAGCUUUGCUGGCAAGCACGGGAAAAUGCCGUCCCAAUAGUGGUAGUGACCCUCAACCCCCAGAAGCAAAACAAUUCUGGCAGGAAGGAGAUUCUGAGGUGAGCAUGUACAAAGGAACAACACAUCUAACAUGAAAUCUCAAAUACUGUUCCCAUUAGAAAGUACAUUCAAUUUUAUAGAGUCAAGUAGAGGCUGUUUCCUUUUGGAACACAGCAGUGGCGGAUCCAAACCUCCAGAAAAGGGGGGGGGGGGCAGGGCGGUCAUUCGGACCAUGACAAAAGUGAAAGGGGGGGGGGUUGGCCAACCACCCGGGCGCCCUCUCCAGGAACCGCCAUUGCACAGUAGUAGUUCACUACAUUCAAAUGUACUUGAGCUAUAUCUUAAAUAAAAGCUGAUUAUGUAUACUCUCUCCUCGCUCUAGUAGUUUCUUCCUUUUAAGGAAGGGACAAAAUGCUCACUAUCAUCUUUGACCAUUAAUCAUAUCCUCACUUGACAGGGGUCUCCGAUACCUAAUGGGACAAAUGACAGGCUCUUUUUAUUGGAUGGCAGAGACAUCCUCCAUAGAUGGCCGGAGAGGUAAACGAUUUGAAUUUGCAUUAUCGGUUAUCAAAACUGAUAUUGAAAGUGCAAUUGUCGGUGCAGACAGAAUGAAAAGAAAGUCAUGAAAUAAUUUUCCUACUCUUUCCUUAACUUUGUUCCAAAAAAUGACCAUUGGUCAAAGGUUAUACUGAACUGCGAGACAGAGGAAUCAGUCUAGUGAAACUAAGUAAUAAAAAACAUCCAGUAACUGUCAGAUUUGUGCCUUACAGUUUGUACCAUGUUUGGUGUGCGGUACAUCGCCGACACACUGAUGAUAUUGUCGCCAUCAUCAACUUCGGCCACACCCACCUUGAUGAAGGAGUUCCAAGGUAGGUGAAAUAAUUAGCACCAAGACAAUUAACUCUCGUAUGGAAUAUGUAUUCUUUCAUUUGGAUAUUCAAUAUUUUCGUUUUUGGUUAUCGCGUUCUUCAAAACGCAUCCUAAUCUGGUGUGCAUGUGGCACUAAGGUAGAAAUGUUCUAGCUAUCACGGGCGACUGCAAAUUAGCCGCCUCUAUUAACUAUAUCAGGGGCACCUCGGCCGGGAAACUGGACUCCUUUCGACUCUAUUUCGGAUCCGUGAUCUUUGCGUAAAAUUUACGUUCGCAAUUAAAAUAGGGGCAAUGAAUGAAAGGUCGCACAUAAGUUUAAACUAGAACCCGGCCAACUUCACGUUUAAUCUCAACACUUUAUAUAUUGCCUCAAUUUCUUUCACGAUAACGUGAUAAUAGCGUUAACGUACGUAGCCAAAAACGCGUCAGUGGAAAUCAAACUUAAGUGAGGAACGCGUAUCCUCUAGUUUAAUACUAAUCAGUAACCGUAACCCAGUACUAAGUAAACGUUCUGAUUAUUUGUGUUUUGUGGGGGUAAUCACUAAUAAAUUGGUGUGUUUUUUGGCAUGUAACUGUCAGUUUAAAUACAUGUACCCGGCUAAACUUUAAUUUGUUCUCAAGACCAGGGAACACUGAAAAAUUUAGAGUCACCCCAGCUGUUGGGCAUAGUGUGUCGUUUAGCCUUUUUAUUCAGAAAGGGAGGAAAAGUCAACCUUUUUUUAUGUGUAUUUUCAGACAGCAACAUAGACACACAGAAGCUCCGGAAAGUGAUCUGUGAAGCCAUGGAAAAAUGCCAGCAGUUAUCUGCGGAGAGGUACGUUCCUUGUUUAUUGAGACAAGAUAUCGCUAACAAAACAGGAAAGAAAUCCCAAUAUUUCACUAAAGGCUAGAUUUUUUUAUUCCUAAAAUCGGCGCUGAGCAUGAUGCUUUAUCUAAAAUAUAAUUUUAGCUAUGGAUAAAAUGAAUUAUUUAACCACAAGAAAUCCAUGACUAGACACACGCCUUUGUCGCUUUCAUUCCUCGAAAAUGGUCCCAUAAAUAAUUGACCUAAGGUGGUGGAAAGCAAAACCGUGUUCGUUAAAAUGUUUAUCAACGAAGGAAACGAUUGAAAAAUCUACAUUUCUGGAAUAUUAAUGAGUAACAUUAUAAUAAAUAAAUAAAUAAAUCGACCUAUCAUGCCUAGUUGAGGCUGUGAAAAAAGCUAAAGAAGCUGGUGCUUUGUUGUCUCAACAGAGGUACGUUUUUUUUUCCGAAACAAAGAUUUCCAAGCUGAUAAUAGAGCGGGACCAAUGUGUUUCUUUGGAAGUAAGCGAGGGCAUUAUUCCACGCACACAUGCAAUACAGAAGGCUUCACAUAUGAACAUAGUCUCACGCUCUGUCUGCUCCGAUUCACUGGUAACAAAAAGAGAAGAAAAGAACUCGUGAGCUCUAUUAAUGGAAGAUUGUUUACUAUGCAGGGAAAAAAUUUCCGAAUGGAGAGCGCAAAGAAUUGCGCAGGAUGAAGAAUUGCGAGAAGUUGGUACAAGUGGGGGUAGUGCAAAUUCCAGCCAAAAAAAAGGGGAAGAAGGCAAGGGUGACGAUGGCGAGCGAAAGAUCAUUGAAAAGGUAAAGAUAAAGAAUUCUGCAGAGUUCCUACAGCUUUCACUGAGUAAAAGGCAAAUGAUAGUUCAGUGUUUGUUGGUAUGGGUUACGACGCUGAUCUCGUCCAAUAGCUGGUGACAAAUGAGGUCUUUUGGCCCCUUUUAUAAGAAGAAACGUGUUCCCGGGUAAGAGGGCCACCCUCCCAGCCGAGGCAACUUUGGCGAGCGUUUAUAUGAGAAAUAUAUGUCGACCUCUUUACCCGAGCCGAGAGCUGCCUUCUCAGUUUUGCCAAGGACAACAGCGCUCGGGCGUGCUCUGAUUGUCUCGCUUUGUCAGAGUUGUAACAACAGGGCGAGAUAAAGAGUUUAUAAAAUGGAGAAAAGUUAGCCCGGCUGUAAGGGUGACCCCACCAUCGGAAAAGCGAGACCCAGCGAGGCAAGUCUGCCUUAUAAAUAUGACUUGGGUGACACAAUAAGAGUUGACAAUGAAGUAAACGUGAACCCUCUUGUUGAUUAUCAUUAGCAGAGACGGAUAAGAGAGGCGAGGAAGGUAAGAGUAUCCGACGAGCCAGAAAGGGGCGUCCAUAUACGCCUGAGAACAAACUUGGGAACCAGGUCAAGGAAAUUCAGAAAUGGAGCUCAGUUCCAG